UGAGGAUCCUGUCUGCACGGCUGAAGGCAGCGUCUUUGAGAUAUUGAGUAUAAUUCCCUACAUAAGAAAGUAUGGAAAACAUCCUGUUACUGGAGCUCCACUGAAGCAAGAGGAUCUUAUUCCUCUCAGCUUCCACAAGAAUGCUGAAGGUUUGGUUUUAUUGCUUUUUUGUAUUGUUCUUGUCAGAAUGUUGGGGGCUAAGGUUAUGUAGUGCAUUGUCUCGCUUGAGGUAAUCUUAAGUCCAGCAAGAUCAAGGUUUAACAUGCUCUACUGUUCCCAAUGACGAAAUAAAUGGAAUUCCUUUCUUAAGGAAUGGCCUCUCAAAAAUAAAAUUGGAAGGGUGCUAAAGUUGGUUCAUUAAAUAUAGGUGCUUUGACAAGUUUUUUGAGAGAUGAACAAUGUAUUCUACAAACCAUAUUUAGAUGAUAACCGAGUAAACGAAUUUCUUUAAUUGGUAUCCUUUUGGAUUCAUGAUAUAAAAUUAAUGUUGUUACUGUUACCUUGUCUUCAGUAAUAAUGUACACUUUAAUUGUAUACUCUAAUGAUUGUUUUGUUUUCUGCACAACCACGAUGAUUUACUGAUACAAAUGUUUGUUGUAUGGAUUCAUCUCUUUGCAUUUCAGUGUUUCACUCCUCUUUUUUGUGGAGGAGAGUAUCAUUGCCCUGUACUAAACAAAGUUUUUACUGAAUUUACACACAUAAUUGCUGUAAAGACCACGGGAAAUGUUUUCUGUUAUGAGGCGAUUAAAGAAUUGAACAUCAAAACCAAGAACUGGAAAGAGCUCCUGACUGAUGAACCGUUCACCAAGGAAGACCUUGUAACAAUUCAGAAUCCCAAUGCUCUGGACAGCAAGGUUACCCUAGACUUUGAUCAUGUUAAGAAAAGUCUGAAAGUGGAUGAUGAAGAACUAAUGGGAAUGGCCUCUAACAUAAACAUUGCUGGGGAUAUCAAGGAAAUGCUGGAGGAGCUUGGAACUGAAAAGGGAAAGCAAACUGCGCUCCUCGGGGGAGGUGGCAGUAAGGCACAAAAUGAAAGGGCCGCUGCACUUGCUGCCAUACUAGCAGCAAGGUCACGUAUUAAAGAGGAUUCCCAAUCAAAUCCAAGUGAGGAGGUUAAAGCUCCAUCUUUUAGCAUAGUAGAUGCUGCAUCUGCAUCAGUACAUGGAAGGAGUGCAGCUGCAGCAAAAGCUGGAUCAAGUGAUAAAACUGCUGCUCGGAUAGCCAUGCACAUGGCUGGAGACAGGGCACCUGUGAAUGCGAAGCUGGUUAAGAGCCGUUACACCACUGGUGCUGCUUCACGAUCCUUCACUUCGACGUCUUAUGAUCCCAUCACUAAGAAUGAAUUCGAAUAUGUUAAAGUUGAAAAAAAUCCAAAGAAGAAAGGUUAUGUUCAGAUGCACACAACACAUGGGGACUUAAACAUUGAGCUACAUUGUGACUUAACUCCUAGGACAUGUGAGAACUUCAUCACGCUCUGUGAACGUGGCUACUAUAACGGGGUAGCUUUCCACAGGAACAUUCGGAAUUUUAUGAUCCAAGGUGGUGAUCCUACCGGCACUGGAAGAGGAGGUGAAUCAAUAUGGGGGAAACCUUUUAAAGAUGAAGUUAACUCCAAAUUGCUUCAUUCUGGAAGGGGCGUUGUUAGCAUGGCUAACAGUGGUCCCCACUCAAAUGGUUCCCAGUUUUUCAUCCUUUACAAAUCUGCAAAUCAUCUCAACUUCAAACAUUCAGUUUUUGGCAAUGUUGUUGGUGGCUUAACUGCACUGGCAGCUAUGGAAAAGGUUCCUAUUGAUGACAAUGACAGACCGUUGGAGGAGAUUAAGAUAAAGGGUGUGACCAUUUUUGUCAGUCCUUACAAUGAACCUGAUGAAGAAGAAGAAAAGGCCAAAGAUGAAAAGAAUGCCGAGGAGGAUGGUGAAAAUGAUAAGGUUGGGUCAUGGUAUAGUAAUCCCGGUACAGGAGCAACAGAAUCGGGAGCUGUGGGAGGUGGAGUAGGGAAGUACUUGAAGGUGAAGAAUGCUCAGAAUAAAUCUGCUACCAUUGACACCAGUUUGACAGCAGAUGCUGUGACAAAGAAAAGGAAAGUUUCAUCAGGAGAAUUUAAAGAUUUUUCCGGCUGGUGAGAGUUUAAAGAAGUUGAGAAAACUUUUUUUUCCCCCAUUUUCUCUGUAUACUCAUAAAGAAGAAUAGGGAGGAGGAGGUUGUGUUAGUGACUGAAGGCUAUGGAUAGUCAGCACCCAUUAGCAACCUGAACUUGUACAGUUUUUGAGUUGUAGUGAUGAUGCAUAUACUCUACAUGUAAGUUCACGUUGAAAACUUUGUGUUGACAAUGCAACUUUGUUCCACA